CAACGGCGACCAUCGGCUACCAAAUGAUGAAACGACGCUGGUCGAACAAUGGCGGCUUCCUGCGCAUACAGGAGGAAUCCUCCUCGGAGGUGACCUCCUCGAGCAACGGCCUGGUGCUGUCAUCGGGCAUAAACAUGUCGCCCUCCUCGCUGGACUCGCACGACUACGGCGAACAGGAGCUCUGGCUGUGUGGCAACGAUGCCAGCGUCUAUGGCGGCAGCAGCAACGGGGUCAAUGGCAACACAUUGGGGCAUGGCAAUGCUGCACAGCAACAGGGCGUCAUAACGCUCGCCAUGCACGGCUGUUCCAGCACGCUGCCCGCCCAGACCACCAUAAUACCCAUCAACAACAACAACAACAACAACAAUAACAACAACAACAAUAAUAAUAAUAAUAAUAAUAACAAUAACAAUGGCUAUGUGCCGGGUGCCACAAAUCUGGGCUCCCUGACAAAUGGCAGCCACAUGGGCAGCCUGGUGAAUGGCAUGCAACAGCUGCAGAAUGGUCACAGUCUGAUCAAUUCAACGACAGCGCCCACAACGCCGUUGCAUAUGCAACAACAACAACAGCAGCAGCAGCAACAACAACAACAACAACAGAAUAAUAACGGACACAAUGGUGUUGCCACAAUCGGUGGCAUGUCCGUGGGCAUGAGCCUCAAUACGCAUCUCCACACCAACGGCAAUACGAAUGGACUCGUCUCUGGCUCCGUCGGAGUUGGCGGCGUCGCCGUCGGCCCCAUGGGCGGACCCAUGGGCAUGGCCAUGCAGCAUACACCCCGCAGUGAUUCAGCAAAUUCCAUUUCAUCAGGUCGCGAUGAUCUCUCGCCCUCGAGCAGCCUCAACGGCUACUCCGCCAACGAGGGCUGCGAUGCGAAGAAGAGCAAGAAGGGCCCGGCGCCGCGGCUACAGGAGGAGCUGUGCCUGGUCUGCGGCGACCGAGCCUCCGGCUAUCAUUACAACGCGCUCACUUGCGAGGGCUGCAAGGGCUUCUUUCGGCGCAGCGUGACCAAGAAUGCGCACUAUUGCUGCAAGUUUGGGCGGGCCUGCGAGAUGGACAUGUACAUGAGGCGCAAGUGCCAGGAGUGCCGGCUGAAGAAGUGCCUGGCCGUCGGCAUGCGGCCGGAGUGCGUUGUGCCGGAGAACCAGUGCGCGAUGAAGCGGCGCGAGAAGAAGGCCCAAAAGGAGAAGGACAAGGUCUCCAGUUCGCCCAGCUCCCAGCACAGCGCUGGCGGUGCCGGCGGUCCACUGCAUGGCACCCAUGACUACGUCAAGAAGGAGAUACUCGACCUCAUGACGUGCGAGGCACCACAGCAUGCCACAAUUCCGCUACUACCUGAUGAUAUUUUGGCCAAGUGUCAAGCGCGCAAUAUACCUCCAUUAACGUUCAAUCAAUUGGCCGUUAUAUAUAAAUUAAUUUGGUAUCAGGAUGGCUACGAGCAGCCAUCCGAAGAGGAUCUCAAGCGUAUUAUGAGUCAACCGGAUGAGAAUGAGAGUCAGACGGAUGUCAGUUUUCGGCACAUCACCGAGAUAACCAUACUCACGGUGCAGUUGAUAGUGGAGUUUGCGAAAGGAUUACCAGCGUUUACAAAGAUACCCCAAGAGGAUCAGAUCACGUUACUCAAGGCCUGCUCAUCGGAAGUGAUGAUGUUGCGCAUGGCCCGACGCUACGAUCACAACUCCGACUCGAUAUUCUUUGCGAACAAUCGAUCGUACACACGCGACUCGUACAAGAUGGCCGGAAUGGCGGACAAUAUUGAGGAUCUGCUGCAUUUCUGCCGUCAAAUGUUCUCAAUGAAGGUGGACAAUGUGGAAUAUGCGCUACUCACUGCCAUUGUGAUCUUCUCGGAUCGGCCGGGCCUGGAGAAGGCCCAGCUGGUUGAGGCGAUACAGAGCUAUUACAUCGACACGCUACGCAUUUAUAUACUCAAUCGCCAUUGCGGCGACUCCAUGAGUCUCGUCUUCUACGCCAAACUGCUCUCCAUACUCACCGAGCUGCGCACGCUGGGCAAUCAGAAUGCCGAGAUGUGUUUCUCGCUCAAGCUCAAGAAUCGCAAGCUGCCCAAGUUUCUUGAAGAGAUCUGGGAUGUGCAUGCCAUACCGCCCUCGGUGCAAUCCCAUCUGCAGGCCCAGCAGGAGGAGCAGGAGCGUCGCGCCGAGCGCAUGCGCGGCGCCGUCGGUGGCGCCAUCACGGCUGGCCUCGAUGCCGAUUCGGCGUCCACAUCCUCGCAAGCGGCCCUCGCGGCAGCGGCACAACAACAGCAACUGCAUCAACAGCAACAGCACCAACAGCUCCAUGCACUGCCCGGCCACACGCUGCCGCCGCCGCCACCGCCAGGCAGCGGCGGCUCCGUCUCGGCCGUUAGCACCAGCAGCGAUUACAUCGGUGGCGGCGGUGCCAUGGGACCCACCACAGCCGCAGCCAGCUCCAGCACCAGCAUCACGGCCGCGGUCCCGGCCAGCUCCACAACAGCUGCUGUGGCCAAUGGCGGCGGCGCCAAUGUCAACAUGUAUGCCAAUACGCAGACGGCGAUGGCCCUCAUGGGCGUGCCCCUAAAAUCGGAGAACUCGACGACCACCGCAUAGCCCCUGCUGGAAGGCAUGGGCAUGGGCGUCAGUCUGGGCGUGGGCAGUCUACUGUUGGGCGGCAGCAGCAUUAUUGAGUGAAUUUCGGGCGGUGCGUGGCAGCUG